AUGGCGGGUCGAGGCGUUUCCCGCCGGAUGAUCCCGUGGCUGUAUGACUUGGUUCUGUGGCUCUUUACCUGCGCGCUGGACCUCUUCUUUCGCGAGAUCUAUCCCCGAGGAGCAUGGAGAAUUCCGGAGAGAGGUCCAGUCCUAAUUGUUGCAGCCCCUCAUGCCAAUCAGUUCGUUGAUUCGGCUAUUUUGAUGCACCUGCUGAAGUCGCAGGCGAAGCGACGUGUCUCUUUCCUCAUUGCUCAGAAAUCCAUGAACGAGCCCUAUAUUGGCACUCUAGCAUCAUGCAUGGGUGCUCUCCCAGUGGUCCGAUCCAUGGAUUUGGCUAAACCUGGAAAGGGCAGGGUCUAUCUUCCCGAUCCUGAAAACGACCCGGCCUUGGUGAAUGGCAUCGAUACCGAUUUCACCCAACCGGAAUUUAUGACUGGCGGCUCGCUCACCGUUAAAGGUCCUACUGGGCCUCAGACUGCCUCGAUUGAAGAGAUACUUGGUCCUACAUCUUUGAGGCUCAAGAAGCCAUUUGACGCGCCCUUCUCUGAAGACGGUCGCAAAGGCGCAACUUUCAAGAUUGCCCCUCACGUUGACCAAAGUCAAAUGUUCGCGGCAGUCUACGAGGAGCUCUCGAAUGGAGGCUGUAUCGGAAUUUUCCCCGAGGGAGGUAGUCAUGAUCGCUCUAACUUGCUGCCGCUGAAAGCCGGUGCUGCCCUGAUGUCCCUUGGGGCUCUAGCUCAGGACCCAGGCUGUGGAUUAUCUAUUGUUCCAUGUGGCAUGAACUAUUUCCAUGCCCACAAGUUCCGAUCCCGCGGUGUCAUUGAGUUUGGCCGGCCCAUCCAUGUGCACCCUGAUCAGGUUGAAGCCUUCAAGGCCGGCGGCACCAGCAAGCGCAAUGCUGUCGGCUCUCUUCUCGAAACCAUCUAUGAGGGUUUAGAGUCUGUCACACAGAUCAGCCCAGAUCAUGAAACCCUGAUCUUGGUUCAGUCUACGCGGAAGCUGUAUAACCCAAUUAGCAAGAAGAUCCCUCUUCCCCUGGUGAUUGAGUUCAAUCGCCGUUUACUGAAGGGGUACACUCGGCAUCGGGAUGAUCCUCAGGUCAAGAGUCUCCGAAAGGCAGUCACCGACUACAACCGGCGCUUGGAAUCGCUUGGAAUUAAGGAUCACCAGGUGGAAUGGGGAAAUCUUGAGGAAAAGCCUUGGUGGCUUGGAUUCAUCACCUUGUUUUAUCGCCUCUGCAAGCUUCUAGCCUUGAGUAUUGGUACACUUCCUGGUGUCUUGCUUUUCUGGCCUGUGUUUGUCACAACAAAAGUUAUUUCGGAAAAGAAAAGGCGACGUGCACUUGCUGCUUCAGUGGUGAAAUUGCAAGGACACGAUGUGGUCGGCACUUGGAAAAUCCUGGUCGCUAUGGGAUUGGCACCCACUCUCUACGCCUACUAUACCAUAAUCGUGACUGCGUGGCUCCGUUACAAUCGCUACGAUGGCUAUUACACCCACUCGGUUCCUUGGUGGAUGGCAGCAAACACAUAUGUUCCUAACUUUGUCUCUCUUUGGGUAUUUGCGAUGAGCUUUUAUGGCUUUAUGGUAUUCGUCAGUUUCGCAGCUCUCCGAUUUGGUGAAGUUGGCAUGGACAUCAUUAAAUCUCUUCCACCGCUCCUUGUGGCCCUCAACCCACUUUCAUCUUCCUCUUUGGUUGAUUUACAGGCCCAUCGUGAAUCGCUUUCCGAACGGGUGACCAAGACCAUCGACGAUCUCGGAUUUGGCAUUAUGCCAGAUGUUGAUGCUGAAAUUCCGUCUGAUUCAUACAAUCUUGAUGCUUAUCAAUCUAGAUUGAAGAGCAUGCCGCCGAGUGAACCAGAGAGUCGGGAAAGCAGCCGCAGCAGAUCAACUGGGCCCGCUAGUGCUCCACGCAUCAAGGCAUUGAGUACCGUCACUUCGGAAGGAGACUUGGAGGAAGUGGAUCGGCAGAUUCAGACAAUCAAAAAAGGAAGAGGCAGACGCUCGAACACGAUCACUGGGUAUGAAACAGGUGAAUCUAUCUUGAAAUAUCAACCACCUAUUGUUGAGGAAGAUAAGAAAAGGAGGUAA